UGUUUGGGAGCCUGAACGUUCCAUCCUGGGACGGUCCGGCCCAGAGUUGGGGCUGCUCCUGACGCCGCGCUUCCCUGUCUCCCGUCCUGGUCCGGCCCGGGGCCGGCACUGGUCAAUUGCAAUCCAACCAGGACCCUGAAGGGAUAAGAUGCAAGUCAAACACCAUCUUCUGCAUGGAAGCUUUCCCUGAUCCAUUCAACUGCUAGUGCCCCACCUCAACUACCUCAUAUUUUUAACUACUACAAAAUACUAUCCAUGUUUAUUCACUUUAUAUUUAUGCUGUAUUUAUAAAUGUAUCCAGCAAAGAGACCUAAGAAGGGGCAGGCAUAUAGGAGAACAGGAGAGAACAGUGCCAUGAAAACAAAGAAAAGAGAGAGUAUCCAAGAAAAGUAACAGCUUUAGUGAGGUUAAGGAGAUUAGAACUGGACAAAAACAAAAAUUGAGCCACUGGAUUUAGCCAUUAAGAGAGAAUUGGCAGUUUUAGUUGAGUGGUUGGGUCAGAAACUAAGUUGCAAGGCGUUGGGAGGUGAGAACAUUAAGGCAAUGAGUGUAGGUUGCUUUUAUUAAGAGUUUGACUGUGAAAGAGAGGAGAAAGAUAAAAUGAUAGGUGGAGUGGGGUGGGGCAUGUAGCAUCAAGUGAAGGGCUUUUUUUUCAAGGAUGGAAGAGAUUUGGGUAUGUUUAUAAGCAACAGCAAUGGAGCCAUUGAAUAAAGGGAAACUGAAUAUUAGAAAAAGGAAUGAUCAAGAUGGACAAGAUGGGAGGGGAUAGAACCAAGGGACUAAGUAAAAGGGUUGACUCUGGGAAGGGAAAAGGCCACAUCUUCCUAUGAGACUGGUGCAAAGCAGUAGAAAAUAGGGAAUAAUGUUGAGAGGUGUUGAAGAAUAGAAUUGGGGAGAAGAAAAAGUUCAUGACUACUUCAAGUUUCUCAUCAAAGUAGGGAUGAAGUCCUCUGAAAGGAAGGGGUUGAAGUGGAGUAGACAGUGUGAAGAAAAAAAAGAGGGCUUGAAACAGAUACUAUGAGAAGUGAGAUAGUCAAUCAGGCAAGAGUUAGAGGGUAAGAUGUAUCUGGACAUUAAGUCACGUCAGUUGGUAGUGGACUCAGUACAGUUCUGUGACUUUUUUUUUUGAGACUAGGUCUCCUUUUCUCUUCCAUAUGGAAAGUGCAGUGGCCAUUCACAGGCCUGACCUCAGUACUAAUUGGCAUAGAAGUUUUAACUAGGAUGCUCUGUUUCCAGCCUGGGCCGGUUCACCCCCUACUUAGAAGGGCUGGUGGCCUCUGCUUCCAGAGGUUCACCAUAUUGGUUCCAGACUUAGUGAGGACACUUGUUUAGCUUUGGCCCAACUGCAGCUCAGAACUUUCCAACUCAAGCAAUCCACCAUCCUCAGCCUCCCUGGUGUCAGGGAUUACAGGGAAGAUUGAGAAGAUGGUGGACCACUUGGUGAACACAGAGAUCAACAGCCAGAGAAUCGCAGCCGUGGAGAGUUGCUUUGGAGCAUCAGGGCAGCCUCUGGCAUUACCUGGUCGGGUGCUCCUUGGUGAGGGCAUCCUGACUAAAGAGUGCCGCAAAAAGGCCAAGCCACGAAUCUUCUUCCUCUUCAAUGACAUUCUGGUCUAUGGCAGCAUCGUGAUCAACAAACGCAAGUAUAGCAGCCAGCACAUCAUCCCUCUGGAGGAGGUGACCCUGGAGACCCUGCCCAGCACCUGGAAUGCCAAGAACCGCUGGAUGAUCAAGACUUCCAAGAAAUCGUUUGUGGUGUCAGCUGCUUCUGUCACCGAGCGUGAGGAGUGGAUCAGGCACAUCGAGGAGUGUGUGAGGCGCCAGCUGAGGGCCACAGGCCGCCCCCCCACCACCGAGCAUGCUGCUCCCUGGAUACCAGACAAAGCCACGGACAUAUGUAUGCGCUGCACCCAGACCAAGUUCUCCGCCCUCACCCGGCGGCAUCACUGCCGCAAGUGUGGCUUCGUAGUCUGUGGGGACUGCUCCCGGGAACGCUUCCUCAUGCCCCGCCUCUCAUCCAAGCCCCUUCGGGUCUGUGGCCUCUGCUAUCGGGAGCUGGUGGCAGAGAAGCGGAAAGAAGAGGAGGGGGAACCAGAGGAGGAAGGGCGGAGGCAACCCCAGCAGGACCUUGCUCACUCACAGGGGACAACCUACGGGGCAUCCAGUGGUGAGGAUGAAAGCGAUAAGUCCGAUGAGGAGAAGGAUGGGGGCUCAGCUGGUUCCUGGCCUACGGGGCUGGAGUUCUAUGCCUCUGGGGUUAAAUGGUCAUCCUUCCACAGCUAACUUUUGUCCACAAAUCAUUCAGGGAACCAGGCUCCCCUGAACAGUUUCUUUUCUCUACAAAAGUAUGUGGUCCCGUUGUCCCUGUUUGUUCAGACUUCUUUCGUGAGGGCUUGGAAAUUGGACACUACAGAACAGGUUAGAAUAGAUUCUGAAUUCUGUUGUGCUGCUUUAUAAGCAAAGAGUGAGCAGUGGGGAAAAAAAAAAGCCCUCCCAGUGCCCGUCCUCCAAGAGACCUGCACCCUUUGGUCAAGCUCUUCCCAUUUAGCUGGAUAGGGAAACCAGGGUGUAUUAGGAGCUUCCCACCCCCAUAGGCUCAGGCUACAGCCUCUGCCUCUCAUCCAGCUGAGCCAGGGGAGCAUGAUGCAAAAGACUUUCAGAACCUGAGGCAGGGAAAGGCCCAGAGGAGACUGACAAAGAGCAAGUAUCAUCUGUUUUUGGAGCUCCAGCCCAUGAUCAUCUACAUCCAAGAGAACCAGCUGUCCCAAGGACAACCUACUUCCCUGUUCAGUCUCCCACUCCCACUUCUCAGCAUUGGCUAUAUGGCCCCUAAAUCCUCUGGUCUGAGUUCUCUGCCCUCCCCCAGCAACACCACUGCUGCACGUGUAGCUUCUUAGUGUGUAGGAACUGAUCAGAAACGUUUCCUCGUGUGCAGGCACCGUGCUGGGAGGGGCCUAAGACACCAAUGUGGGUCCCAAGAACCCUGGUGACACCUGAAGCCAGAUGCCCAGAGAUUUCCUAGGUGCCACUUGAUUAGAAAAACCGUAGCCCAGAGAGACCAGAAGUAUCUUGGUCAGUCCUAUCCCCUGGGUGUUCGUCUGGACAUAAUGGUGACCUCUCCAGCCCAAAGGGCAUUACAAUGCUGAAAAAGCCACAUUUCUAUAGUCUAGAAAAGGGUAGGGGCAGCCCUACAGCAUCCUGAAGGAGCUGAGAGGGAAGCUGUAUCAACGUUGACAUAACUGUGGUACUUCCUAUAUGUUGUAUCAGCCCAAAUGUUCAAAGUUCACAAUAAUCAUCUCCUGCAUCUCAUA